AUCGUCGUCUUCCUCCCUCGUCCACAAGCUGCUCGCUCGAUCCCCUUUCUGCCGAGCUAGCUAGCCGCGCGUGGCCUCCCCGCGUCGGCAGCUCGCCAUUUCUACCCGCUCGUCGUGCGCUCGCUGCUGGCUGCUGCUGCUAGGUCGAGGAGGGGGACAUGGCGAGCGCUGGAGGCGGCGCGGCGGGGGAAGGGGAAUGGCUCAAGGUCGCCGAGCUCAGGGCCGCCGUCCAGGCGCAGGACCCCGGCGCCAAGGAGGUGGACAACCUGACGCUGCGGAGGUUCCUUCGCGCGCGCGACCACAACGUGGACAAGGCCGCCGCCAUGCUCCUCAAGUACCUCAAGUGGCGGAGGGAGGUGGCGCCCGAGGGCUUCGUGCCGGAGGAGCGGGUGCGGAGGGAGCUCGCGCAGGACAAGGCCUGCAUGGGCGGCGUCGACAGGAGCGGCCGCCCCAUCCUCGUCGCCUUCGCGGCCAGGCACUACUCCGCCGACCGCGACCUGGCAGAGUUACGCGUUUCGCAAUACAGAGUGUGUUUAGUUGUGAAAAAGUUUAGAUGUUUUGUUGCCUACUUCUUGGACAAGAUCUGUGCCAGGAUCCCCAGAGGUCAGGAGAAAUUCCUCGCCAUCGUUGAUAUUAAGGGCUGGGGGUAUGCAAACUGCGACGUCCGGGCCUACAUCGCUGCGAUAGAGAUUAUGCAGAACUACUACCCGGAGCGGCUCGGCAAGGCGCUGAUGAUCAACGUGCCCUACAUCUUCAUGAAGGUGUGGAAGACGAUGAUCUACCCGUUCAUCGACACCAACACCAGAGACAAGUUCGUUUUCGUGGACGACAAGAGCCUGCACGAGACGCUGCGCCGGGAGGUCGACGAGACCCAGCUCCCCGAGUUCCUUGGCGGCAAGAUGCCUCUGAUUCCCCUCAAGGACUAUGCCCAGCAGACUGAAUCGGCUUAGCCAUUACCAUUACACAUUUACACGUCGGUAAUAUCCAUUAGCGAUUUAAUUUCGUGCACAAAGUAAGGAUGAUCAUUUGCCUCAAAAGGGAGGAAGAUGGAAUAAUCUAGCUGCUACUAGUCCUGCAACAAUGGCGUAAUUGUAAAAUGCAGCUCUGUCCGCUCGCAUACUUCAGCUGCUCCAAUUAGCGGGGGACCAGUCAGCAGUUCUUCAGCUGCUCCAAUUAGCGGGGGACCAGUCAGCAGUUGUCUGCACCACAUGCUGGCCUACAUGAAAUAAAAUUGUGAAUGGGAAGGACCGAGGGUCUAAAUUUUAGAUCAUGUUAUAUUAAAGAGAAUCUUGAUAUUUAGAAGUAUUAAAUAAAAUCUAAUUAUAAAACUAA